AUGUCCAGCUCAACCGCCAACCUCUUUCGGGAAAUCUACGACCAGGUACGCGAUGCUCUCGACUUCUACAUGGGCGAGAACAACCCGGACAGCGCAGCUAAAUUUGCUGGCAUGGUCAAACAUGCCAAGGAAAACUCCGAGGAGUGGAUCCCUGCCCUUCCCGAACAGCGUCAAGCUAACCUUUUCAAUGAAGCAGUCGCCAAGGUCGUGCUGCAGAAGGCGGCAGACGCCGCCGCACACGGGGGCAGCGAGCAGGCCGCACUGCUCAAGCUCACCCUCGUCAUGCUCUACGGCCCCAAGAUGGAGAAACCGGCCGACUGGAUCAGUCUCGGUGUAUUCAUCGACGAGGCCGCAGCGAGGCUCAUGGCCGUCAGGGCCAGGAUCGUAGACUGGAUCGCCGAGGGCGGCCAGGUGAUCGACGGGGACACACGACGGGACUUGGAGGUCUUUGAGAACCUCGGGUGCUUCAUAGCUGGUCUGUACGCAGAGCUGCAGAAGUCUUAUUUCAUAAAUUUGCAGCCUAAAUUCCUAUUUUGA